GAUACACUGAUAUAAUGGAAAUGUCUGUUCCUCAUGGAUCAAAGAGAAGUUCCUCCUUCGUUUCAGAUUCUCCCGCCAAUUUACUGGAGGAACAUACAUUUUCAAGCAAUCUUGAUGAUUAUGACAUAAAUAAAAACAAUCCUAUAGGUUACGGUGCCUCCGCAAUUGUGUAUGGAGCUAUAUAUAGACCUCUUAAUAAAACAGUAGCAGUUAAAAUGAUUGAUUUGGAUUAUUUCGAAAGAGAUCAAAUUGACGAAGUGAGGAGAGAAACUCAACUGAUGUCUUUGUCCAAGCAUCCUAAUAUCCUACGCGUUUAUUGUUCUUUUGUGAACGAAUCAAAGUUAUUCAUUGUUACUCCUUACAUGUCGGCUGGUUCUUGUUCGGAUAUUAUGAAAACCGCUUACCCUGACGGCUUUGAGGAGACGGUAAUAGCCACCAUACUGAAGCAGGCUCUUCAAGGUUUAGAUUAUUUGCAUAAACAUGGCCAAAUUCAUAGGGAUGUUAAAGCCGGGAACUUACUUGUGGAUGAAGAUGGCACUGUUUUGUUAGCAGAUUUUGGUGUAUCUUCGUCUCUAAUUGAGGGUGGUGAUAAAAAGUCUCGAAAAACUUUUGUGGGAACGCCAUGUUGGAUGGCACCAGAAGUGAUGGAAGGCGCAGAAUAUGAUUAUAAAGCGGAUAUUUGGUCAUUUGGAAUAACUUCCCUGGAGUUGGCGACUGGGCAUGCGCCUUUUGCAAAAUAUCCCCCACUUAAGGUAAUUAUGGUCACCAUCCAAAAUGAGCCACCAACGUUGGACCGAGAUGCAACAAAACAUAAAUAUGCAAGCUCGUUCAAAGAAAUGAUCGAUAAAUGCUUGCAAAAAGAUCCGACGAAGCGGCCAACCACCGAAAAAUUGUUGGCGCAUGCAUUUUUUAAACAAGCUAGAAAAAAGGAUUAUCUAGUGACAAGGAUAUUGCAAUCUUUAGUACCAUUAGAAGAAAGGUCGCACAAAAGGGUUCAACAGAAACCUAUUGUUAUUGAGAAAGGAGUUACUUGGGAUUUUGGUGAAUACAAGGAUAAAGAAGUAUCCGAAGAGCCUUCCUCUGAUCAGGAAAAACGAGUAGCCUUUUCCGAAGUUGAACUUCCUGUCGCAAAAGAGGAGCAAACUAAAAAGUCACGAUUCUCAAUUAAUCAGGGUAGCAGUGCGGAAACAGAUGUAACUGCCUUACAACUCACGACUCAUGUGACACAAAAUCAGUUAUCACAACUCCAAUCACCUUCAUCAGAAGCUGGCACCAAUGGGUUGACCCAGCAAGAUGUUGUUAAUGAAGAACAAGUGCAACAGCGCAUGCAAAAGAAGGGCAGAUUCUUUAUCAAGGAUAAUGCUACGGCGCAAGUAGAGGCGGAAAGUCAACAUCAGAAUUUGCUGAGAGAUCAAUCAAGCGAAAAUCUACAUAUACCAGGUGACACUUAA